AUGGCGGCGGUGGCGGCGGCGGUGGCGGUGGCGGCUGAGUGGGAGGAGGAGCGUUCCGUGACGAUGGAGGAGGAUGACGGAGACAUCGAGGACGUCCCGCCGCCGCCGCUACUAGGCAGGAAUGGCGACAGCGAGGACGAGGCGGAGGCGGGCUUCGUUGAACUCCCAGCGGUGGCCGCGGAGCUUCCGCUGCCUCUUCUGUCGGACAAGCCACAGGGGAAGCAAGAUUCAUCCAAGAACCUGCUGGCAGAAGCAGAGCCCUUCGGUUCAGUGCUAAGUGAUGGGAAACUCUCAGAUAGUUUGCAACAAGCUGCAACAGCCCCAACCACUCCGGGGUGUAAUCUGACGCAAACCGUGUUCAAUGGGGUCAACGUGCUUGCUGGUAUUGGCAUUUUCUCUGCUCCUUACACGAUCCGUGAGGCCGGAUGGGCCAGCCUUGUGGUUCUGGCUUUUUUCGCUGUGGUUUGCUGCUACACUGGAGUUCUACUGAAGUAUUGCUUUGAGAGCAAAGAUGGUGUGAAAACCUUCCCAGACAUUGGGGAGGCUGCCUUUGGAAGGAUUGGUCGGCUUCUCAUUUCUAUAGUUCUGUAUACCGAGCUCUAUUCCUUUUGUGUGGAGUUCAUUAUUUUGGAAGGUGAUAAUCUGGCGUCAAUUUUCACAAGCACCACUUUCGAUUGGAAUGGGAUUCAUGCCGAUGGGAGGCACUUCUUUGGAGUUUUAUUUGUUUUUGUUGUCUUGCCCAGCGUGUGGUUGCGAGAUCUUCGAGUAAUAUCUUACCUUUCAGCGGGUGGUGUGUUUGCAACUCUUCUGGUUUUCCUAUCUGUUGGUUUGGUUGGUGCUAUUGGCAACGUAGGGUUCCAUAUGGCAGGAAAAGUAGUGAAGUGGGAUGGUAUACCAUUUGCAAUUGGGAUAUAUGGUUUUUGCUACGCUGGACACUCAGUAUUUCCAAAUAUCUAUCAGUCAAUGUCCGAUCGCACAAAAUUCAACAGGGCACUCUACAUAUGUUUUGCAAUAUGCACGGCAAUUUAUGGUGCUAUAGCUGUUAUCGGCUACCUCAUGUUUGGAGAUAAGACUCUGUCACAAAUAACUUUGAAUCUUCCAAAAGAUUCAUUUGCGUCAAAAGUUGCACUGUGGACCACGGUGAUCAUUCCUUUCACAAAAUAUUCUUUGGUGAUAAACCCAUUGGCUCGGAGUAUAGAAGAGUUGCGCCCAGCAGGGUUUCUGACAGAUAGAGUCUUCUCUGUUACGCUGCGGACUACCCUUGUUGCAUCAAGCGUAUGCAUUGCCUUUCUCCUGCCAUUCUUUGGUCUUGUGAUGGCUCUCAUUGGAUCUCUUCUUAGUAUACUCGUGGCGCUCAUAAUGCCCGCCCUGUGCUUCCUGAAGAUCGCUCGGAAUAAAGCGACACGCUUGCAGGCAGCUGAAGUUGCUGGUUGCCGUCGUGCUUUGGAAAGGAUUACUGAAGCAUCUGAGAUGUACACGGGAGUAGACGAGGAGAAGAAGUCGUUUACUCUUCUACGUUGUUGGAACAGGUUGAAGGAUGAAGACAAGUGGAAGACAAAAAGGAUUGAACUGGCUGAGCAGCAGAAACAAGCCACUAAGAAAAAACAGAAGACUACCAAGGACUCCACGCCGAACAAUGUGCAAGCUAACAUCAAUGACGAAGUGCAAGAGAUUGCAGCGCCAAGUUCUGAAGAUCGAAAGAGGCCAAUGGGUCAGAAGAGGGCAAAAGAAGCUUUUAGGCGAGGAGGCGCUGACGCUUGCAUUGAAGCUUUGGACAAGAUGUGGGAGAAGAAGGAGGCUUUUGACAGGGAAAGAGAUAAGGAGAAAAAGGAGAGGUACAUGGCCUCAAUUGAGGUAGAGAAGGCUUCACUUGAGCUUGAGAAGAAGCGAUUGUCAAAUGAAGAGAAAAAAAAUUGA